CAGUACUAUAAAAUCGGGAAACAAAAAAACUUUUCCAUUCAUUUAUGAGCUCGAAUUUUACUCCAAUGGCGGCCCCCAAACGACGGCUAUUCUUCUGUAUGACCCUAAUUCUCUUCCUAUUUGCAUCUUCAGAAACCCUUCAUGAUUACGAAGUAGACCAGUCGGACGAUUCAUCUCUCAAAAUCAAGCAUGAACAGCUCCUAUCAAAGAUUCUCAAUUUAGAAUCCAGCAUUGAUGAGAGGAGCCGUGAAAUUAACUCCAAAGAUGAAAGAAUCAAACAACUGGAAACAACUGUUUUUGAGAAAUCAAACAGUUUGGCCUCCUUGCGUAGUGAAAUUCAAUCUCUCCAGAAAAAGGAAUCUUUUGAUGCAAAGGAACAAGUGAAUGAGGCUCAUGCAAGAGCUGGUGAACUUGAAAAGAAGGUUGAAGAUCUUAGAAUUGAAAUAGCAAAACAAAACACAAAAAAAGAUGCACUUGAAGCUCGAAUAAAUGUUGCUGAAACAAAAAUUGCAGAAUUAAAUGAGAAACUUGUGAAGCUUCAGAGGACAAAUGAAGAACAAAAGAUCAGAAUCCAUAAUACAGAACGUGCUCUAAAGAAAGCUGAGGAAGAAAGAAUCAGAGUCCAAUUUAAAGCUGCACGCUUCUCAAAAGAACUUGCAGAGGUCCAUGAUUCAUGGCUUCCACCAUGGCUAGCAAUUCAUUUAAUUCAUUGUCAGUCUUUCAUGGUGACUCAUUGGAAUGUGUAUGGAAAACCAGCUCUUGAUGUUGCAUUUCAAAAGGCAAUGGAAACACAAACUCAAGUUCAAAGGUGGACAUGGCCCUACAUUGAUAUGGUUCACACAAAAUGGAUUCCUAUUAUCAAGGAACAAUGGCUUACAUUAGUGACAAAUAUGGAACCACAUGCACAAAAAUUUACUGUGAAGACUGUUGAAAUUUACCAUGUAUCCAUGAAAAAAUUACAGCCUCAAAUUUCCAAUAUAAAAACCAUUUUGGAUCCUUACAUCAAGGAAGUUAAGAAGUUUACAAAACCUUAUGUCAAUUGGCUUUCAAAGACACUGAAACCUUAUGUUAAUAAAACACAUAUCUUUUUAAAACCUUACUCCAAGAAAUUACUCCGUGGUUAUAAAAGGUUCUCCAAAUACACCCUAAAAUACCAUCGCCAGGUACGAGGUAACAUACAUGAAGUGAUGAAGCAAAAUGAAAUUACACGUGCCUUUGCAACUAAUGAACUUGUGUGGUUUAUGGCAUCUGCUUUAAUAGUUUUUCCUGUGAUGGUUCUACUUACUAUGGUGUCAUCUUUAUUCAGUAAAAAGUCAAAAAGGCGAUCGCGUAAUUCCCAUACAAGCCAUACACGCCGUAGGGCAAAACGCGUGCAUCAAGACAAAACAAGCACCUCAAAAUAAUUCUACAAAUACAUCACUGUGUCACUGUCACUGUUACUGACAGUGUAUGACAAUCUAGAGCAACCGAAAAGCUUCCAACGCCACACAAUGAGAAAUCACUAGUAUGUUAAUACUCGAUAGACUUGAAUGUUUACAAAUACAAAAGAUUUGGAAAAUGAUGGUGGUAAUCGAUAUAAAUGUCCUUUUUGCCCUCAUAUAUGUGUUCGUUUACAAGUAUG